AUGUCCCCUGGCACUGAUAACUCAGUGCACAUCCCUCCCGAGCUCAUACCAUCAAUUCUACAACAUAUUUCGCCCACUUCUUCUUUUCCAUUUCUGCUCCCCAGACAGGCAUUUACGAAUGGAUCAUGGCAACAGUACCGACAUGAUCUUCGUACAUUCCUUCGGUUUGCGUUCGUCUGUCGAACUUGGUGCACUUUUACCCGCGAAAUCAUGCUCCACACCCUCAUCGUCCCAUGGCUGGAUGGGAGUAUUCUCCAGCUGUGUUCAAUUCUGCGGCAAUAUGGUUCCUAUUCACGCGUCGUUAUGAUCUUCACAAUGGACGCAGACGGUCCGAUGCAGCUAUUGGACCGGAAUGAUUUUUAUGCUGCCUUAGGGAAAUGCUUUCGUUCGAUGCCGCAGAUGCCAAAAGUGGAAAUUUAUGGCACCAUGGACAAGAUAUUUGGCCAUUCGUUGCCGGCUGAAGUUGGUCGCUUUGAAUUCACAUCGUUACGCUCUCUUAAGCUGGUGGGAAGUGUGGGGCACAAUGGGAAGUCAAUCCUUCAUGCUCUAGGGCGCAGUGCGGCGUUCCUGGAAACAUUGGAGAUAAUGUAUUUUGAGACAUGGCCGUCGGACCAGUCACUUCCUACCCCACUUAAAAAACUUCGCAGCCUCAUCUUGCAGUGCACCUACUUGUCAGUUCCAGGCAUCAUUGGCCUUCUUCGUGGACCUGAUGAGGAAGCAAACAGUGGGCAGACCCUACGGAAGCUUGUCAUCAUCCCAAGUCACCUUCAAAGUCUUCCGCCACCAGAUAUCACACCUUUGUUGACAUUUGACUCGACUGGCGAGCGUCUUCGAUUUUUGAUGAUACACAGACUUGAUCCAUGCCGGUCACUGGAAUGUUGCCCUGCUCUCGAAACAUUCAUUUACGUAUCUCCGACAAGUUCAAACAUCUUUCCAUUUUUACCGCGCAUGCUUCGUCGGCUUGCCAUUUCAGCCACUUUGCUGUCUCCCUCGGAUCGGUUUGUCGCAUACAUCUCAUCCGAGAAUGCACAAAACCUGGUACAUCUUGCCGUAGCUCUCAACCACGAGACCUAUUUGGCGUUUACGACUAUGGGCCAGCCAUUCGCUAGUGUCACAGAGGCUUGCAAGGAGGCUGGAGUGUCGCUAACCUGGAUAGUUCCGGGUAUGCUAGGGCUGGGUCUGGAGGGGUGGGAUGAUGCCACAGAGCUAUUCCAGACUGUCAAAUCGUUGCCAAGGGCUAGGCUCAAGAUGAUCUAA